GCCACAGUACAAAAUGCGCCUAAAGCGCCUGUGCCGGAACUGGUUCCGGAUCUUCGUGGACUACUGCUGCAACUGUUCGCUGGCCGGGUUCGGGUACAUCGCGGACCACAAGUACCACUUCACGGAGCGGCUGUUCUGGCUGGUGUGCGUCAUCGUGUCCUGGGCGGGCUCGUACUACCUGAUCAUGGACUACAUGUCGACGUUCCACAAGAACGCGGUCUCGCUGGUGAUUGAGAACGUGCACGCCCGGGAUGUGACCCACUUUCCGUCGGUGGGGAUUUGCGAGAUGGGCUACGCCAAGGAGUACUACGCUAGUUUGGAGAGUCAGAUCAACGAUAUGAGGACCAGCGAGGAGAUGGAGUACAAUUACGAUGUGGAGGAUUUUAUGCUGCGGAUUAUAUUUCAUAAUUUGUACAAUUAUGGAUCGAUAAUGUCGUACUGUGCGCCGUAUAAGGAUUGUACGGAUUGUGUGAAGUGUCCGACGGCGGGGUAUAACAAGUUUGCAUGGAAGGUUCGAGCGAGUUGUGAGGAGCUGUUUGAUGAAUGUAGGUGGAAUGGGAAAGUAUUCGACUGUUGUAGGUACUUUAAACCGAUUCAGACUACGAUGGGAUCGUGCUACUUGAUAAACUCGGUACAACUGGUGAAGAAAGGAGGUUAUAACUGGCUCAGUAUGGAGGUUGGACGUGGAGUUGCAUCCGGGGAAUUGUUGUUGAAUGUUUCUAAGGCUACAUCAGCCUACAUCUUGAACGAGGAAGAUGUCCCUCACAUGCUACUUACUACGCUUCAGUUCACGCAGAUUCCGGAGGGAUACUCCGAAACCGUAUUCCUAACAGUGCAGAACAUAGUGAACGAUCCACUGGUGCAGACCGUCGACACCGAAGUCCGGCGGUGUAUCUUUCCGGACGAGCAGUCCGAGUUUAACUACCCCAAGUACAGCUACAGCGUGUGCGUAACGGAAUGUCUCAAGAAUGCCCAGAUCAAGAUGUGCAACUGCUGUCAUCACAACUUCAUAACAGGAGAUAAUGACAAGAGUCCGAUUUGCAUGUACGAAGGACUAGCAUGUCUGGACCAGAAGGAUGUAAUGUUCCCGCAGACGACGAUCAUGCAACCGUGGCGCACGAAUGGGCUGGUAUGUCAGUGCUUGCCAUCGUGUACGGAGCACGAGAUUCGGGUCAUUGGGAAGCAGUCCGAGAUCGAGGAGCGUAACAGCCGGUCGGUGAUGUUCAAGAUGUUGGCGCUGCCAACGCAGCGCUAUCGUCGACAGAUUGUGCGUGAAAAGCUCGAUAUUGUGGUGUCCGUGGGUGGAAUCCUGGGACUGUUCAUGGGAGCCAGUAUCCUGAGUCUGGUGGAACUGGUUUACUUUUUCACGGUUCGAUUUGUGUCUGCAGGUGUCUUGGGGAAGACUGAUGAUGAUGACGAUGAGGACGAGUAUGAUGAGGAGGCUGAUGAACACGAGGAGCACGAGCAAAAGUUUUAGAUGACUUUCAUUAACUUUUGAUAUUUCAAAAAUAAUUGCAAAAUCACAAUAUGCUGAAACCAAAUUGUUGUCCCACUACACAGGCACCAUGUUAGAUAAUACCCAACCCACUUGCAGAAGAUGUCACCACCUUUCUUAUCAGCAGCAGCAGCAGCAUCAAGUGGUCACCAUUCUCGCCAAGCCGGUCACACGCCAAACGACGACACCGAACUUCUGUCCCAUAAAUUUGUCUACCCCCGUAGGUGCUGAUUAUGUAAAAAAUAUUACACUUGCAGUAUAAGUAAUGUCCGAAAAUCAAUUAAAAAACCAACUGCGGCCGCACCCCACCACCCGUCCUGUCGUGGUCCUGUCCAACACUGGUGGAUCGUUGGGUGUACCACAGACAAGCAGACAUGUGUCUAUUGAACGAAUAUCUGUCUGAUUCGCGACGAAAGGGAAAUUUUCAUUUGAAACUUCCAAGUCUGCCAAUCUGUGGCACUUUUCGGGGCACAGAGCCUGAUGGUGAUGGCCAGCCGUUACUUUCAACCUGUCCAUCCAUCGGUCUGGUAGUCGCGGGUCUUCUUCGCUGCCUGAUUGCGGCAGACACGGUUUUACAGUAUUUUUGUGGGGCCUUUACGGGCUGUGUGCAUCAGCGAAAUGCAGUUUGCAGA